UACAAGCCUCUUUUACUGUAGGGAUAAUGGCGGGUGAAAAAGAAAAGGUGGUUCCCUCAGUCCCUGAAAGCCUCUUGAAGAGGCGAAAGCGCUUCGCUGCCAUCAAGGCUGUGCGUCUGAAGAUGCAGCAGGCUGAGAAGAAGGACCGCAAAGUCACCAGGAAGCUCAUCUUCAAGCGAGCUGAAGCUUACCACAGGGAAUACAGGCAGAUGUACAGGCGUGAGAUCCGCAUGGCCAGAAUGGCUCGCAAGGCCGGCAACUACUAUGUCCCAGCUGAGCCUAAACUUGCUUUUGUCAUAAGGAUCAGAGGCAUCAAUGGUGUCAGCCCCAAAGUCCGCAAGGUGCUUCAGCUGCUUCGUCUCCGCCAGAUCUUCAAUGGUGUCUUCAUCAAACUGAACAAGGCCUCCAUCAACAUGCUGCGAAUUGCAGAACCCUACAUUGCUUGGGGCUACCCCAACCUUAAAUCUGUGCGUGAGCUUGCCUACAAGCGUGGAUUUGGCAAGAUCAACAAGCAGCGCAUUGGACUUACAGAUAACUCCCUUAUCGAGAAGUCCCUUGGUCGGUAUGGCAUCAUCUGCAUUGAGGAUCUCAUCCACGAGAUCUACACUGUUGGAAAGAACUUCAAGGCCGCCAACAACUUCCUCUGGCCAUUCAAACUGUCCUCGCCCCGUGGAGGCAUGAAGAAGAAGACCACCCACUUUGUAGAGGGAGGUGAUGCAGGCAACAGGGAGGACCAGAUCAACAGACUUAUCAGGAGGAUGAACUAAAAGUUAUGGUAUUGGGAACGUUUCUGCUGUUGGUCUGCGAAAAAAUAAAGUAAUUUACACAAA